AUGCUCGGUACCAUCACCCAACGCGCCGAGCUGCUCACGAAGCUCAAGGAGCAACCCAAGAAGAUCACGGUCAAGGGCGUCGCCGCCGCGGCCUUCGCCCUCGGCUUCCUCAUCUUCGUCGUCCUCCCGCUCCACACGGCGCCGCUACCAAAAACACCCCCCCAAAAGACCAUCGCCGCGCCCUGCGCGCCCGGCGAGACGAACUGUCGCGCGACGUGCCAGAACCUCGAGUGGGUCGCCGGGCCGAACCGCGGUCGGACGAGCCUGGCCAACAUGACGUGCCACGAGCACUGGUCGCGGUGGGCGCGCUACGACUUCUUCCGCCCCAACGACGCGAGGCCGACGCUCACGGACGAGGCGACGGCGAAGGGCCGGCGGAGCGCGGACGGCGUGACGGCCGGCGCCGCGUGCUGCAUGUUCGGCGGCGGGCGAACGGUCUGGGUCCGCGACGGCCCGCCGUUACGAAAGCCGGAGCUCGGCUCGGAGCGGUUGCUGCCUUUGUCCUGCGUCGACCACGUGGCGACGAAGUUCCCGAGCAUCGACGAGCUGGUGCGGUCCGGCAAGGGGUCGAACCUGGGGAGCGACGGCGGCAAGUGGUCCGCGUGCACGCACUUGGCGGUCUACGGCUUCAACUUUGCGACGUUCUUCGCGCGGCACCUGGCCUACGGGCUGCGGCCGCGGUCCGUGCUCGAGUUCGGCUGCGGCAUCGGCACGACGGCGGACUUCCUCGCGCGGCACGUGCCGGGCGGGAGCCGCGUCGUCUGCGUCGAACCGGAGCCCAUGCUCGCGGACGUCUUCGCGCAUCCGGCGCGCGCGGGCGCCCUGCGGCCCGUGCAGCUCGCGAUGGACGCCUUCGACGCGUCCGCCGCGCCCUGCGUCCGCGACCUCUUCGGCGGCGCGACGACCUUCGACCUCGUGCUCUCGCUGGAGGUCGCGGAGCACCUGAGCGAGGACCGCGUGGACCGCAUGGUCGACUACCUCGCCGCGGCGACGGGCCGGUACCUCGUCUUCUCGGCGGCGCGGCCGGGCCAGGGCGGCACGGGCCACAUCGACGGCUCGAGCCACUACUGGCACUGGUGGAUGCGCGCCUUCGAGAAGCGCGGCCUCCGCUACCUGCCGGAGCUGUCGUCGGCGCUCCGCCUCUCCGCGGGGCCGGACCGGGGCUACGACCUCUACCAGAACACGUUCGCCAUGGGCGCGCCGGGCGCGCCCGACCGGUCCGACGUGCCGGCGGAGGUCGGCGACUGGAACUGCGGGAUCUACACCUCGGCCUUCUGCGGCCAGCUGCACGGGCCGCACGCGAAACCGUACUCGAAGAAGUUGAACGCGGAGCCCAACGCGCAGAAGCGGCGCGCGUGGCUCGAGGGCAUGUGGAUGGCCCUCUGGCCCAAGCUCGACCUCACGAUCCGCCGCCUCAAGCUCGGCCGCGAGCGCAAGCCCGGCGGCAUCACGUGCGCGUCCGCGGACGCGAGCCAGGGCAGCUUGGGCUCGUCGACGGGCGUGACCUUCAACGUGAUCUUCUCGCCGCCGUCGCACCGCGGCGAGCCCGCGGGCCGCCGCGCGCCGGGGCUGCCGAGGCCCGACGCGGCGUUGGCCCAGGUCAUGGGCGGCGCGGGCGCCGGCGCCGCCGGCGGCGGCAGGUCGAAGGGCGGCGGCGCGGCCGACCGCCGCGGCGGGAACGCGGGCGUGUCGUUCGGCGACGGCGCGUUCGGCGACGCGGGCUCGUCGUCGCCCUCCGUCGCCGAGCUCGCGGUCAUGUCGCUCGCGUUGCUGCCGCGCCGCACGCGGCUCGGCUCCGAGCCGACGAGCGACGACGCCAUGGACGGCGGCAGCGACGCGUCGCCGUUCGAAAACGCGCGCGGCCGCGGCGGCGCGCCCCAGACGUUCUGCGGGAGCGGCGCCCGGUUCUCGUUGGCGGGGCCCAGGGCGCGGUCGUCCGGGCGCGCCGCCGGGUGGGCCGCGGCCGGCAGGACGCGCUCGUUCUCGUCCCACGUCACGAAGCCGCUCUGCCAGCAGAGCGACUUCGACGAGAGGUGGAGCUUGAAGUGGACGAUCUGGCCCUGCUCGGGCAGGGCCUUGCCCUGGCACCGGUGCCGGUGGCAGAAGACGUCCUCGAAGCCGUCGGCCAUCUCGAUGAGGCAGUGGUCGUCCCAGUCCGCGCGGCGGCGGACGACGCCCGUCGCGUGCUCGCCGUGCUUCCGCUUCGGCCGCUUCUUCUUCGGCGCGGACCCGCCCGACCCGUGCGGCGGCCGCGCGCUCACCGGCGGCGCGCCCGCGUAG